AUGGAUCUACAAAGCAACGAUCUCCUACCAGACGAAAAAGUCUUGAUGAAAAAGGCGGCCAAUGCCAUGAUCAGCAUCGAUGAUUAUAAACUGAGCAGAUUCUUCGCCGACGACCUUGCCCGCCUCUUUGGCAAGGAGAAUCUCGAGGCGAUCGGCGGAAAGCUGUAUCUCACCAACUACCGAAUGCUGUUCAAGUCGCACUCUAUCAACCGAGUCACUGGAAAAUUCAGUAUUGCGCUUCCUACAAUCAGCGCUGUCGAGGACACGUCCAAAUUCUUGACCAAGAGGAUCGACGUAACCACGUCCACUGAAACAUUCCAAUUUGUUGUCUGGGGCAUCCCUGAAUUCAUCGCCAUGAUCGACAAGACUCGUCUGGCGUUGGGGCCAGCCGAGGUCAAGCGGUUGCAGUCGCUUGUCCUGGAGAACUACAAAAUCUUUGGUGAUGGCAUGACGGUUGCAAAGAGUAUCGAAGGGAUCAACAAGGCCUUGCUGGCAGCCCGAAAGGUAGGAGUUUUGACCAAGCUGGCAACCGGAGCAGGGAACCCUCUAGAGAUCACAGGAAUAUUGAACUUUCUUGAGUUGAUGGGAGACGGACAAGGCUGA